AUGAGCUUACCACCGUCAAUUAGCAAAAAGCUAAGAGCAUGUCUAGGAUGCUCACUAAUUAUGACGCAGGCACAGUUUAAAGAAGAAGGAUGUGGCAACUGUGUGGCACUAGGCAUGAAAAACAGCACGGACAAUGUUUUAGACUGCACAACAGAUAGAUUCACAGGAAUGAUUGGGAUGCAUAAUGCAAAGUCGUCUUGGGUUGCCAAAUGGCAGCAUAUGGACUCAUUUAUACCAGGGCUAUAUGCAAUGACUAUGGAGGGAGAAUUACCAGAAAGUAAAAUACUUGCAUUAGAAAGGGCCGGACGUACAUAUCACCCAAGAAACAAAUCCUUUAUUGUAUAGAUAUUAUUAUAAGAGCAGUACUUUAGAUAAUAUUUAACACCGUGCACUAUUUUAUUUAGUACAUUGUACAGUAGACAGCGACAAUAUUUUAAUGAAAACGCGAAUAGCCUGAAAGAACCAGAAAUUAAUGGAUAAGAAUUAAUUUCAGGCGUAUUUUGAGGUUUAAAAGUAUUAACAGGCUGUCACACGAUGAUUGCUCAUCUAGCAUACUUAGAAUCCAGUAUUAACA